GUAGCCAGGCCCAUAGCUGCCAUGGAUCCCUUCCUGGUGCUUCUGCACUCCCUCUCCGGCAGCCUGUCGAGCAGCGAUCUGAUGGAGCUCAAGUUCCUGUGCCGUGAGCGCGUGGGCAAACGCAAGCUGGAGCGCAUGCAGAGCGGCCUGGACCUGUUCUCGGUGCUGCUGGAGCAGAACGAUCUGAACCGCGAUCAUACCGGGCUGCUGCGCGAGUUGCUGGCCUCGCUGCGCAGGCACGACCUACUGCAACGCCUGGACAACUACGAAGCGGGGCUGGCGGUCUCGACCUCGCCGGGAGAUCUGCAGGUGGCAUUUGACAUCGUGUGUGACAAUGUGGGGAGAGACUGGAAGAGACUGGCCCGCGUGCUAAAAUUGUCUGAGGUCAAAAUUGACGGGAUUGAGGAGAGGUACCCCCGAAGCCUGAGUGAGCAGGUAAGGGAGACUCUGAGGGUCUGGAAGAUUGUCGAGAGAGAGAAAGCCACAGUGUCUGAACUGGUGAACGCACUGCGGAUGUGUCAGCUGAACCUGGUGGCUGACCUGGUGGAAGAAGCGCUGCAGACCCGGGGAUCAGUGACUGAGAGUGAGAAUGUGUCCCGAGUGCUGUGGGACUCAACUGUGUCUUCCUCACAAGCACCGUGACAAGCCUGCCACUCCUGACAGGAGCCACGGUGGACUACACACACACCAUGAUGCAUUACCAAGUGCCUUCUGUUCCCAGUGCCACAAAGACCUCGUUGAUCCAGACCAGACCCUCUCACGAGCCCACUCACUGAACUAGCUCCUGAAGUAAAGUUGUUAUGU